AUGGCGGCCAUACCCGUAUACGGUCACAUAUUUAUAUGUUUGGUGAUGUUUGUUUCGGGUUUUUCUAUUUCAUCGAUAUUUAAUUUUUCGCACUUCAGUCGGGUGCCAUCGUCGGUGAAGACGGCAAGCAGAGACAUCGAGACUCAGCACGCUGGCAGCGAUGAUCCUUUAUCCUCAGUUGACCUAAAGAGAUACUAUGAAGACCAAUCGCUCGUGGAUGAUUCAGAGACUGAGGAGAGUUACAGAACUACUAUAAUAAAGAACUCCAGGCAGAAGUGUUAUUGUUCAGAACCUAAGAAUCCUGAAUACAGAGAGCAGUACAAUCGCCGUAUGAAAGAAGCCAAGGUAUUAGAAAGAGAGGACAGACGACGCGAAGAACCAUUAGCAAUUUGUAAAUCUAUGUCGCCUCUAAACUAUGUAGGAAUAGGGCUGAAAGUUGAACCAUUACAGAUGGUACCAAUUGCGGGUUUAUCCGUGCACCGCGUUGCCAUGGAAAUGAUUAGAGAACACCCUACUGAACUGGUUAUUCGGUGUCUUAAUGGGAUGGGUACGGUGCAUGUAAAGACGCAGGAACUGUUAAAAACAGCGGAUUUGUCAGACGUGACGUAUAGCGGCAACAGCACUGGGGAAUUCUCCAUUCAUUUCCCCCUUGCUGUGUCAACGGACACCUUCCAAAGUAUUCUCGAUAAUUUGUGGUAUGAGAGUACGAUGUAUGAUAUUGACGCCUGGGAGAAACUAGAAAUCACAUUAUUGAAAUUUAAAAUUCAUUUGGCUAUCCACAUUAAACGGGUAGUUUUGCCUGAUCUGUUUGAUACAAAGUCGGGGUCAGUUGUUGAUAAAGUCACCCUGAUAACCAAGACAUUUGAACGCUAUCCCGCCGUCCAUAGACUCAUUGAUAGCGUCCACAAAUUCUAUCCCGAUAUGAAAAUAGUGGUCGCUGAUGACUCCGAAAACCCGGUGAAGAUCGAAAGAGAAAAUGUGCGGCAUUACUUCAUGCCUUUCAGGGAAGGUUACUUUGCAGGACGCAAUCUAGCUCUCAGUCAAGUUCGGACCAAAUUUGCAGUAUACGUUGACGAUGAUAUGUUUUUCACAGACGAAACAAAAUUAGAAGUGAUGUUGGAAAAGUUAGAAAACCCAGAACGUCAGAUCGAUUUGGUUGCCGCGCCUGUGCAAGGUUUCGACGAAAUAGAGGGCAUGUUUGACAUUGCCUACGGUGAUGACGGGAUAUGCAUCCUUGGCAUGAAAAGGGAACGAAUUUACGUGCCUGGAUACCCGCAGUGUAUAUACGGGGAAAUGUUCCUAAACUUUUUUAUGGCUAAAACCAAUGUGCUUAAAUCGGUUGGGUUUGAUCCGGGUAGUCCCCCGAACAGAGGACACACCGAAUUCUGGUUAGACGCGGUAGGUAAAAGCCAGAGCGUAUUUUGCACGGAUGUGAAUAUUGCCCACGAACACAAACAACUCAACACCGAAAAAUACCUUAAAUACAGACACACGAAAGGACUUAACACGCACAUGUUUUUCCAGAAUAAUCUAUGUUAUUAUUUUUAUUUGCCGAAACGGUUCUUCGGAAGAUCGUUAACAACACCACAAUAA